GGAAAACCCUGUGUGAGGCCACGAUCAGUUUUUCUACCUGCUUGUUUAACCCCAGAAGUGUCCGCCCAAAGCAGGGGCCCGAGCCCGUUGCUGCCGCAUUAACCCCAAACUCGCCGUGAGAAACCCGGGAGCGAGACACGAACUCAUCGCCGAGUUAAUUUCACACUGCCAAAGGUUAUUGCCAGGGAAAUCAAAGCAGCCGAUCCUCUGUCAUCCGAAUAAAACGCGGCAGAGGACAGUGAGGGGCGGGGAAGAGAUCUCGGACCGCUCUGCUGGGAGGCAUCGCCUCAUUCGAGGGACACCGCCUUGUCCGGGGGGCGGGGGAUGGUCCGCCGUCCCCUCUCCGCCCCGCUCCGCCCCGUCCCACAACUCCGGAACCGCGAUGUCCUCGCUCAGCGCCCGCCGGCUGCUCCGGACCCUGGUUUGGCCCAACUGGAGGUCCCACUCCAGCAAACCUGCCCAAAACGUGCACCUGAGCAAACCUGGGAAUGGGUUCAGCUUUGAACUGACAGAUGAACAGAAGGAAUUCCAAGCAACUGCCCGGAAAUUUGCUCUGGAGGAGAUUAUUCCUGUCGCUGCACAAUAUGACAGGACUGGGGAGUAUCCUGUGCCACUCAUCAAACGGGCCUGGGAGCUUGGGCUGAUGAAUUCACACAUCCCAGAGAGCUGCGGUGGGCUGGGACUGGGCACCUUCGAGGCAUGUCUGAUCACAGAGGAGCUGGCAUAUGGAUGCACUGGGGUGCAGACAGCCAUUGAGGCCAAUUCCCUUGGGCAAAUGCCUGUGAUCAUCGCUGGGAACGAGUGGCAGCAGAAAAAAUAUUUGGGCAGGAUGACAGAGGAGCCCCUGAUGUGUGCUUACUGCGUGACGGAGCCAGGUGCAGGCUCGGAUGUGGCCGGGAUCAGAACGCGGGCAGAGCGGAAAGGGGAUGAGUACGUGAUCAACGGGCAGAAGAUGUGGAUCACCAAUGGUGGCAAGGCCAACUGGUACUUCCUGCUCGCCCGCACUGAUCCUGAUCCCCGGGCUCCAGCCAGCAAAGCCUUCACUGGUUUCAUCGUGGAGGCUGACACCCCUGGCAUCCAGAUUGGCAGGAAGGAGCUGAACAUGGGCCAGCGCUGCUCAGACACACGUGGGAUCGUCUUUGAGGAUGUCCGAGUCCCCAAGGAGAACGUACUGAUCGCAGAGGGUGCUGGAUUCAAGAUCGCCAUGGGUGCCUUCGACAAGACCAGGCCUCCAGUGGCAGCCGGGGCCGUGGGGCUGGCGAGGCGAGCACUGGACGAGGCCACGAGGUACGCACUAGAGAGGAAAACCUUUGGGAAACCCAUUCUGGAGCACCAGGCUGUGGCAUUCCUGCUGGCUGAGAUGGCCAUGAAGGUGGAGCUGGCCCGGCUGGGCUAUCAGCGUGCAGCCUGGGAGGUGGACGCUGGUCGCCGCAACACCUUCUAUGCCUCCAUCGCCAAGGCCUUCGCCGGAGACGUCGCCAACCAGGUGGCCACUGAUGCUGUGCAGAUCUUUGGGGGCAAUGGCUUCAACACAGAAUAUCCUGUGGAGAAGCUUAUGAGGGAUGCUAAAAUAUAUCAGAUCUACGAGGGCACAGCACAGAUCCAGCGAGUGAUCAUUGCCCGUGAGCACCUGGGCAGGUACAAGGCCUGAGGGGUGCAGCAGCUCCAGGCCUGCUAUUCCAGGGAAACGGUUUGUGCUGCAUUUCUCCAUUAGAAAAACAUGGGAAAAACCCUUUUCCAUCAAACUCCUGAUCUUGGGCCUGAUCCAGCACAGGGUCUGGGGCCCCAUCCCACUGCCUGAGCAUCCCAAACAUCCCUAAAUCUCACAGGGAUCAUAUGGCUCUUUCCAUAUCUCCCUUUGGCUUUCAGCAGCAAAGGAGAUAAAACCCUUCCCCAGCAAACCUGGAUAAGCAAAGAGUGAACCAAAUUCUCGGUUUUUGAAAUUUAUUUUUGCCAGUGAAAACAAAAAUCCAGCAAGUCCUAGGGGUCAGACUUGGGAUGUUUCCAUGUUUUUAGUGGCACUGGUUUGCUCCCUUGGUUUAUUCCUGGGGCUUUGUUGAUGGCAACUGGAUCAACCUCAGGGAACUUAAAAAACCUGACUUUUCCUCCUAUGGAAGGGCCCAGCUGGCUCUGGCAUCUUAGGGUCCAGGGCCCCAGUUCCCAAGAUCAACAGGAAACACUGUAGGUUUGGAGCCUUUCAACAGUCAGGUCUAAAGAAAAACUAAAGUAAAUCCAUGUUUCUCAUGCCUUGA